CUGUGUCGUAAAAAAAAUAGUAUAAAAAACAACGCGUCACGGGUUAAAAUUUAGUCAUAACCAUGGAUAUCUACCAAGAAAUACACAAUUGUCAAACUUACAAAGAACUGGGUCUCAUUCUCGAGACGUUUCAACUGAUCAACACGGGUGCGGUAACAACGACGACCACCCGGACGAUGGCGUUGACCCGUGGGCGGAAUUUGAGAGGAUGUUUGAGAGGACGAGGGGGCGGAAGAGCUACCGGAGGAGGAAGACGAAGAUAACCAGCCGCCUAGGAACAGGAUUCGCGUGGAGAGACUGCAAGAUUAUUACGAUAUUGUAGACGUUAAUGAGAAGUUUGUAAAAAAGUAUCAAGCCUCCACGUAUGAUUACAAAGUUCAGUUCAGGAACAUGGACCAUUUAUCAUUACGAGAGUUUUUACCACGCCUGGGUUCCAUUUUCGAGAUCAUUUUGGAGAGGUUAACGGACGGUCUCCCCGCCGAAGACAGAGUAAGGUUGGUGUUUCAAUCGGCUCACUUGAAUUUUCCCAUUGCUCUGCCAUUUCUACGCGUCGACGAAUUAACGGUCGAGAGAUUUCUGGCUCGUAUCGAGCAAGUGUUGCAGUCCUACCAAUUUAUUCGAUUGGACGAUAGGGUUGAUAUUCAUUUCGUGCACAUACGGAUGCAAAAAGGGGGCAGGACCCAAACUCACGGUGUGGUGAAAAUUCGAGAUGUGUUACGCAAUAAGAAGUCGAUCAUUCAGAUUAAAGAUGAUGUGACGGAACUGUGUUGCGCCAGGGCGAUCGUGACGGGGAUAGCUACUAUAGAAAACCAUCCCAAAGUAAAACAGAUCAAAAUUUGCAAAUUUCAGGACGUCUUACCCAAAUACCGCCUUGUGGUGUUAUCGUUCGAUCAUUGUAACGCCGCCAUUUUCAAAGGGCCUGUCCGCCGACAUACCAUCUACCUGUUCUUUCACGACAAUCAUUACAAUCUGAUCACGUCCAUGAAGGCAUUUUUAAACAGGGGUUAUUAUUGCGACAAGUGUCAAGUGGGGUAUAAUGCCAAAGAAAAACACACGAGAUGCGCAGAUGACUGCAAAGUGUGUAUGUCUGUCGGCUGCCCUUAGGGUGAUAGACACUCGGGUGCACUGUUUGGAAUGCAACCGCAAUUUCAAAGACCAAAGGUUUUUCGAUAAUCACAAGAGUAAAAUGAUCCAGGACAAAACAGUCUGUCAAACGUAUUAUCGGUGCAAGCGCUGCAAUGUGUUCGUGAAUAUCAAUAUGAACGGCAAGCGCGGAGAACACGACUGUACCCAAAGGUAUUGUUCCAUUUGCAAAGAAAUGGGAUCGAUCGAUCAUCAGUGUUUUAUCAAACCCGUGGAAAAUAGUGACAACGACGAUUCUCCCCCACACGCAAACGAGGGUAGCGCGGAUAGGAGUACGGACCGUGACUGUAGGGCGGGUGGAAACAAAAAGGCCAAAUGUAAGAAAGAAGUGGCCAAAUACGUGUUCUUUGAUUUUGAAUGUACUCAAGAUGACAGCGUUCACGAACCCAACUUGUGUGUUGCUUGCGUGGUUUGUGAGUUUUGUGCCGAAAGGUUGGAGAACGACCCGAUGUAUAAAUCGUGUCAGCACUGUUCGCAUUUGCGCGAGAAGAUUUUCAGGAGUGAUAAAUGUAAGGAAGAGUUCUGCGAUUGGCUGUUCAGUUCCAAAGAUACGCUAAAUUCAAUCGCCUUGGCGCACAAUCUGAAGGCGUACGACGGGUAUUUUUUGCUCAGUUACUUGUACGAUAAUACUAUCUUACCCGAGAUCAUAUACACGGGGUAUAAAAUACAAGCCAUCAUGUUACCACAGUUUAAACGUAAAGUGAUCGAUUCCAUGAAUUUUCUGCCCAUGGCGUUGGCCGAGUUGCCCCAAGCCUUCGGUCAGAAGGAAUUGCACAAAGGAUUUUUCCCUCACUUCUGGAAUACGAAACAAAACCAAGAUUACGCGGGCCCCUACCCCGAUGCUAAAUACUACGACCCGGAAGGUAUGAGCUCGGAUAAGAGACAGGAAUUCUAUAGUUGGUACGAGAAACAAAAGGGGAAACAGUUCGUACUGCAAGACAAAUUAUUGAAGUAUUGUAUCAGCGACGUCGAUAUGUUGAGUCGUUGUUGUCUACAGUUUCGCGCGUUGUUCAAGAGGGUCACUUCCACGGGGGAGGGCGUCCCGGUGUGGAUCCCUUCAAGAGUUGCAUCACCAUCGCUUCCGCCUGUAAUUUAGUGUACAGGAGGAAUUUUCUACGCGCAGAUACCACAGCCAUCAUCCCCCCUCAUGGUUACGACAAUGAAGAAAAUCAAUCCAAAGUCGCGCUGCAGUGGUUACACUACGUGCACUUCACCUCGGUUACUUAUAUUCAGCACGCGAGAAACAAAGGUUAAAACAGAUUCGAAAAUACAAGGUGGACGGAUAUGACACCAAAAAUCAGAUUAUCUAUUCCUUCAACGGCUGUUACUUUCACAGGUGCGUCAAGUGUUAUCCCAAUAGAAAGACGGUCAACAACACGCUCAUGACCCUCAUGGCCGAAUUGUACACGCGCACUCAGGAGAGGAAAUCAUUUCUCCGAACCACCUGUAAACAGUUUGUCGAAAUGUGGGAAUGCGAAUGGAAGGCCAUGUUCAACACCUUACCCAAAGACAUGAAACGCGCGCUGCAAGACGAAGCCAUCACCGGACCCCGCGCCACGCUGAAUCCUAGGGACGCGUUCUACGGGGGAGCGAACCAACGCCACCCGGUUAUUUUAUCAAACCUCUGGGGACGAAAAGAUUCACUACGUGGACUUUUGUUCCCUGUACCUCUACACGAACAAGUACUGCUCCUACCCGCUCUAUCACCCCGAGAUUAUAACGGAUAACUUUAAAGACGUGUCCGACUAUUACGGUCUCAUCAAAUGUAGCGUCCUACCUCCACCGACCCUGUAUCAUCCCCUACUGCCUUAUCGAUUGGGUGGGAAGUUGACAUUUCCGCUCUGCCGCACAUGCGUAGACACUCAACAACAGACCCCUUGCCAACACACAGACGAUGAAAGAGCGCUGCACGGUACGUGGGUUUUCGUUGAACUGGAAAAGGCCAUCAAAUUGGGUUACAAGGUGGUAAAGAUGGAGGUAGUGUGGCAUUUCUCACACAGUGAACAAUAUAAUACGGACACCAAGACCGGCGGAUUAUUUACCGAGUACAUCAAUAUAUUCUUGAAACUAAAAGUCGAAGCGUCGGGAAGGCCGGGUUGGGUCAAAACCGAAAGAGAUAAGGCGGAAUACAUCGAUCUGUAUUUCCAACGGGAAGGGAUUCGGUUAGAUGCUUCCAAAAUAGACCCAGGGCUUAGGGCACUGGCUAAGCUCAUGUUCAAUUCGUUCUGGGGAAAGUUCGGUCAGAGACUAAACAUGCCUCAAGUCACGAUCGUGAGCGAUCCCUGUAAGUUGUACGAGAUUCUGCUGGCCGAUGAUAAAGUGGUCCACGAUAUUAGUUUUAUCAAGCAUGUUCGGGGAAGCCUUUCAUCAGGGACUUUGAAAUGCCAAUGUGCAGACAGGCGUUAUACCGGCCUGGAGUAGGCUGAAGACUUCGUCUUCCUCCUCCGGUAGCUCUUCCGCCCCCUCGUCCUCUCAAACAUCCUUCUCAAAUUCCGCCCACGGGUCAACGCCAUCGUCCGGGUGAUCGUCGUUGUUACCGCACCCGUGUUGAUCAGUUGAAACGUCUCGAGAAUGAGACCCAGUUCUUUGUAAGUCUGACAAUUGUGUAUUUCUUGGUAGAUAUCCAUGGUUAUGACUAAAUUUUAACCCGUGACGCGUUGUUUUUUAUACUAUUUUUUUUACAACACAGAGUUACUACGUCAGCACUCCCUGUUAUACUGCAAGGUCUAUUGGUCUCGGGAUUAAUGCCGGAGCCACCGCUUGGUACCUUUGUCACGAUCGUGAGCGAUCCCUGUGUCCUUUGUACUACUGCUGGAGUGAAAGCUGUUCUCCAUGUUAGUUUCGAGUAUUGGAAUUCAACGUAACUACAGUUACAUGUAGAUGUCAGAGGCACGGGUACCAAUGAUAAAGGAAGCUGCUGUAGAACAAAGCAAGGAAAUUAACAGGUGAUGGUGAAAAGGCCUACUGUUGCAUUGACAUACAGACACAUUGCCAGUUCUGAUUUAUGCAGUCAUGAAUUAAAGUUUGUAUUUACAAUGUAUACAUGGUCCACCACUUUAACAUUCAGGUCCCCACGAACCCCCCAUUUAGUGAGAACGCAAGGUUGCUACGCCAAUGAAUACAUGCGCACAUGUACGCUGUAUUUGUGUUCAAGUUCUAACAAGUUUUCCAUGAACUGCUGCACUUGUGAUAAAUGUUUCCUUUUGCGAUGAUACAAAUGUUCAUCAGCACAGACAUGAGGGCGGUCUUCACACAUUUUGGAUGCCUGCGGUAUGAUUGAGUGUAGUUGAAGCAGGACUGAUCCUGAGGAUAAGAACAGCUUCAUCAAUCUAUUCAUCGCAAGACUGCAACCUACAGGAAGUGAGAUGUACUUGAAGGUGUACAUGUAACCACCACUUAUUAAUUGAAAGACAACUGCAAAAAUUGUUCGAACUGGUUUCCCAAGAAUACUGAAAAGUUUCCAGCAUUCUUAAAGAUCCCGAUAUUUUCAGUUGGUCCCCAUGUCAUUAGAAAUGUAUGGAAAUCUUCUGAACAGAAUAAAAGUUGGCAGUUAUUGCAUGAUACACUUAAAAAAAUGCCCAAAAUAACAUACAGGCAGUUUUUCCUUCAUUUUUUUCACAACACUUAAUGUGCAUAUUUCAUUGUUCCCUCAAAAGACAAACCCAUAUUAUAACAGGUUCACGAUGUUUGAUUAUUCACGUGUUGAUAUCAGCUGAAUUUUUCAAUUUCUUUAUUUGUUUCUUGUGUGUAGGCACCCAUGAUGCUGCUGCUGAAAUGAAGGCCACAUGUUUGCAAUUCAACGUCACUGCAGUUACAUGUAAAUCAGAUGCAAGGCUAUCCACGCUAAAGGGAGCUGCAGUACAACCAAGCAAGGAGAUUGACAGAUGUUUAUUAGCACAUGAGGGCAGUCUUCACACAGUGGCCUUGGUAUCAUUGAUGGAUAAGAGCAGUCGAAGCAGGACUGGUC